AUGGUUGAAAUCAAACAACAACAACAACAAUUACCAACCGCUCCUCUCAAAGUCAUGAUCUGUUCAGGUGAGAAUGAUGAAUUGGGACAUCAGUUAGCCGAAGAUCUUGUCAAGCAAGGAGCCAAAGUCACUCUACUGGUUCAUCCCAACCACACCUCUUCGACCUAUGUGAAACAUCUCACUCAGACCAUUGGCUGUGAUUUUGUCAUUGGUGGUGCCAUGGAAGAUGAACCUCUUCAAUUGGUCAAGAAACUUCAUGGCCAACAUGUGAUUGUUUCCGCUUCAUUGAGAAAUUCCUUAUUACAUCCCAUGAUACAAUACAAGACCGACGUGAAUUUAUUGAAAACAUGUCAUUUGUAUGCGUUGCAACCAAAUAGUGAUUUUCGUUGUUUCAUACCAUGUCAAUGGACCUUUGAUUUUUCAAAAUUCACCACUCCCCCAGUGACCAAGCAAGAAGAAAUUGAAUGGAAUUGGAUGGAAUGUAAGAAGGCCUUCUUGCAAUUGUUGAGAGCUGAUAAUGGAGGUGUUCCAUUUAUGAGUUUCUUCACUGGAUUUCCAAUGGACUUUUUGGUGGAGUUUCUCAUUGAUUCUGUCAAUCAGCAAGUCAAGUGUUAUGGAGAUUUGAAGGAUUAUCAAAUUGUGUGUACUUCCAUUAAUGAUAUUUGUCAAUUGGCUUCUGAGAAGAUUCUUCGAAUCAAUCCUAUUAGCACCUUCACUACACAGGAAUUUACCUUUUAUGGAGAAUGUAUUUCUUUGCAACAAGUGGCUCAGAAAUUGAAUUACAAAUUAACUCAAUUGGGUUCCAUCGAUGAGUGUGCUCGUAAGAUUACUCAAUUAAGAGACAAGAUUCUUCAAUGCGAUCAUCAUGGAUGUGAAAAGGAGAAAUUUGAAUUGGCAUGUCUCUUAAUUAUGCAAUUCAUUUCGAGUGGUAAUUUUAAGGAAUAUACCUUCUCUCCUCAACAACAGCCUUUGGAAAGUAAUGUUGGAGCUGGAUUUGAAAAGAAGUUUGAAUUUGAUCGUUUAGAAAACUUUGUCAAACAGAAAGGUUCCUCGUCAUUUGAGGAAAAAACCAUGACCACACCUCAUCAAUAA